CUUUCAACUGAUAUCAGUAAUCUUAAUUCUCUUGCUUCCCUUAAUGCGGGUUUUAAUUCUUUGGAAGGCAACAUACCCAACACGUUGAACAGGCUUUGCAAUUUGAUUGAGCUAUACUUGGGUUACAACAAGUUCAGCGUUUGAUGCAACCAUAUUGGAUAUCUCCAACAACUUGCUCCACGGCCAGAUUCCCCAGAAUAUCAGUGAUAUGAUGCCAAGUCUGCGCCUCGUAUCCCUCUCCAACAACUACUUGAAUGGUACCGUUCCAGCUACUUUAUGCAGGAUUGAAUCUUUACAAAUUCUUGAUCUUUCGAAUAAUCAUCUAUCAGGAAGAAUACCUUCAUGUUGGGGAAAUUUGCCAAGUUUAACUGUGAUUGAUUUUUCAAGUAAUAUGUUGAGUGGUGAUGUUCCAAUGUCCUUGGGUUCUCAGGAGUCGCUUGUUUCCCUGCAUUUGCAAAACAAUACUCUGCAAGGAAAGAUCCCAAUGUCAUUAAGGAAUCUAGAAUCCUUGGAGACUCUUGAUCUUAGCAUGAAUUCUUUUGAUGGUUUUAUUCCUUCAUGGAUAGGUGAGAGCCUAUCUUCUCUGAAAGUACUGAGUAUUCACUCUAAUAAAUUUGAAGGUGAGAUUCCUCUGCAGCUUUGCUACCUUGCUUCUCUUCGCAUAUUGAACUUGGCAAAUAACGUGAUGACUGGAACCAUACCUAAUUGUUUUGGCAAUUUUACUGCAAUUGCUAUGCACGAGCAGAAAGGGCAUUGGGACUAUUACACUAAUGCUCUACCCUAUGUGGGCUUUGUAAGAGCUAGCUAUGGUGAGAAUGUGCAGGUUUAUGUCAAAGGAAUGGAGCUUGAAUAUAGUAGAACACUUCGAUUUCUCUAUUCCAUUGACCUUUCAGGAAAUAACUUUGUUGGAGAAAUUCCCCAGGAGUUAAUGAAUCUUUCAGGUCUACAGAACCUGAAUCUAUCUACAAACAAAUUGGAUGGACAUAUCCCUUGGAACAUUGGCAAGUUAAGCUCACUAGAAUCACUUGACUUGUCUGAAAAUGAACUUUCUGGCUCUAUUCCAUCCAGUAUUUCUGAUUUGAACUUUUUAAGUCACUUGAAUUUGUCAUUCAAUCACUUAUCUGGAAGAAUUCCAAAGGGAAACCAACUUCAGACUUUGGAUGACAAAUCCAUCUACAUCGGCAACGAUGGACUUUGUGGACCUCCAUUGAAUAACUGUUCAGAUGAUGCAGAUGAACUGCCUAAAGGUCAUGAAAAAGGUGGCACUACGAGGAAAGAUGACUCUGAAAUGGUUUGGUUCUACGGUGGUAUGGGAAUGGGAUUUGCGGCUGGAUUUGUUGGAGUUUGUAGCAUCUUGUACUUCAACGACUCAUGGAGAUGUGCUUGGUUUGGGUUAGUUGACAGAGUUUGCAACAAACUUUGGGUAACAAUUGCAAUUAAGGCAAAUCAAGUGAAGAGAAAGUUUCUCAGAAACAAAUUAGAAGGAAAUGCAUGAGAAGGUUAAUUCUUUCUAUUUAAUCACUCAUAAUUCAUGGAUGCGUUAUGACUGUUG